ACGCUCAUGCAUCUGCCGCGCUCUCCCCGUCUCUCAUACAGCCUCAGCAUCUCGCAACUACUGGCAGUGAUAACAGUGAGGAAAUACACUCUGAUUUUGUGCACAGAGGAGCCAGGACUGGCAUGCUCACCCUCACACACGUGCAUAGGGAGAGAACGCACAGUUAGUCCAGCUGUAGCCUGUCCACUGACUGCAGUCAGACAUGUAGGAGGAGGAGCUGAUCAGCUCGCCAUUCCAUCUCUGUUUCACCCCUUCAAGCACCUCCCAUCCCCCCUGAAAGCUCUGCGGCUGCCGAGGGGCUGGCUGGAAUGACCUGGCAGUUCUCUGAUCUGUAAGACAAAUGCAUGCCCAUAUAGGAGGGCACGGCUGCACAGACCAAGGGUCUUCUACGGGCACAGCUUGAGAGGAAGACCACCACAGAGACACGCAGGUCCACGCACCAGUGUCUGCUGCCCAUGUGUUUUGGCAGUCGCCUGCUAAAGAAGAGGAUCUGUUGUACAAUGUGCAUUCAGAGAUCGUGAAUGACUGCCAAACAGAGAGCCGUCCUUGCACUGCUACGCCGUCCCAUGUUGCUCCCUCCUCUCAGGGGAUGGCCAAGGUCCAGGAUGGACACACAAAUGGAUGUGACAGCACUGCCAUGUUAGAGGACAGCCGGGAUGGAGUGGACUGUGGAACCCUAAGUCCUGCCUCAGCUCGACAGGUCACUAUCCAACGGCAUCCAACUCAAGGCUUUGGCUUCAUCGCAGGCAGCCAGAGGCCGGUUAUUGUACGCUCCGUCUUUGCUGACGGCCCGUCUUUUGGCAAACUUCUCCCCGGAGACCAGAUCUUGGCCAUUAACGAAGAGACGGUGAGCGACGCGCCACGAGAGAGAGUCAUAGACCUUGUAAGACACUGUAAAGACACUAUAGUUCUCACUGUGCUGCAGCCCCAUCAGUCACCCAAGUCUGCCUUCAUAAGUGCAGCCAAAAAAGCCCGCCUGCGAACCAACCCGCCUAAAGUGCGCUUUUCAGAGCAAGUGUCCAUCAGCGACCCGGACUCAACAAUGCUCAAGGACGACUCCUUGCUACUUAUACCAAAUGUGCUGAAGGUGUUCUUGGAGAAUGGGCAGAUUAAAUCUUUUACUUUUGACAGCCGCACCACUGUAAGGGAUGUGAUCUCAUCCCUGCAAGACCGCCUCUCACUGCGCUACAUUGAGCACUUCGCCUUGGUGCUGGAGGCAGGUGGUCUAGACCAGAAUCAGAAGCUGAAUCUACUGCAGGACAACCAGCCCCUGACACAUGUGGUUCACAGAACUUAUUUCCAAGGAAUGAAAUGCCUGUUCCGCAUAUGCUACUUCCCCAAGGACCCUGCAGACUUGUUAAGAAGAGACCCUGCUGCAUUUGAGUACCUUUAUAUACAGAGUCGCAAUGAUGUCAUCAAAGAGCGCUUCGGAAUGGACUGGAAAUCUGAUGUCACGUUACGACUCGCCGCGCUCCACAUCUACAUCACAGUGUCUUCCGCAAGGCCCAAUCAGAAGAUUUCCCUCAAGCACGUUGAAAAAGAAUGGGGGCUCGAACCUUUCCUUCCACUGACUCUGCUCCCCACCGUGAAGGAGAAGAAUGUGUGCAAAACCCUGUCUCAGCUGCUGAAGACUUACCAACACCCACCACCAUCAGGCAACAAGGUCCCUCCACUCCAAGGAAAGCUGCAGUAUAUGCGGGUACUCAAUGACCUCCCGCCUUUUGGUGGAAUCCUGUUUCACACUGUUGGACUGGAUGAGAAACAGCCAGCCACAACACUACUGGUGGGACCUCGACAUGGCAUCAGCCAUGUGAUUGACCUGAAAAACAACCUUACUACAGUACUGGCUGAGUUCUGCAGGGUUUCCAAAAUCCAGCUCUAUCGGGAAAGUCAAGGAGUGGCCCGAGUGGAAGUGACAAUUCAUGAGGCAAAGCCUCUGGUCCUGCUAAUGGAAUGGCCCGAUGCCAGUAACUUUGCAUGCCUCAUCUCUGGCUACUACAAGCUGUUUGUGGACCCUAAACGCACCAUUUACUUUAGGAACCCGGGUCAGUCACAGCUGACCAAAGCAGAUUACAGAAGCUCCCACCAUCCCCACCCGCGCUCUGUUGCAUCUGGAUUACAAAGUGGAGGGCGGCGAGGAGACGAGAGGGAAAUUUCACACAGGGAAUCAGGGUGCUCGAGACCCACGGUACCUGCAGAGUCCCAGCAUCUAGGACUGUGUCACGUUCACCUUCGAGAGCAACACCAGUUUCAGAAGAUCCAAACACAGGCCGAGACUGAGUUGGACAUCAAUGAGAACUUUAUUUCUCCAGAACCCCCUGGGCGGCCUCGUACCAAGUCAGAUCCCACGCAGGAGAGCACAGAGGAAACAGCUGUGGUUAUAGAGUGUCCAGUAGUAGAGAAUAAGGAAUUUCGAGCCAGAGCUCAAACAAUGAAUCAGUCCCAAAAAGCUACAAGAUACUUCUGUGACUCCUGUAAGGCCAAACUGAGGGCAGAGGGUCUGUCAAAUGCAGUAAAAAGUGGGAGUUCAGGGAAGCAUUGUUCCAUUGCUUGUGCCUCCCGAGAUGCAGGUGCUGUUGAUCUCACAGCCCUUCCACCCCCUGGGAAUGAAGAAGAAGAGGAGGAGGAGGAGGUGGUAGAUGGGGGCGGAGCAAAGCUCCAACCACCACAACCUGCUAUUGCUGCUCCUCCGCCUGGCUUCAGGGAUAACAGCUCCGAUGAGGAGGAUCCAAAGAGGGGGAGGAAAGCUCGAUCUAGCGCCAGCGUUGGACUUCCCUCUGGAAAAUCUCUCCAUGCCAAUGAAGACGUUCCUGUGACACUGAUUGAUAACGUUGCAACAAGAACAGUCCGAGAUCAUGCACAGGAGCUUGAUGAUGCUCUGGUUUCCACCCUACAGGCCCUUGAAGCUUUGGCAGCCUCUGAAGACUACCCGCAUCACCCUCAGCAACCAACACAGACUGCAGGGUUAAUUGUGUUAGCCGCCAUUACUCCUGAGUCAUCACUGGAUUCAGGUCAUGAGACCAAUUCCUCUGAAUUGACAGAUGUUUCUGAGAUGGUGUCAGCAAUGAAGCAAAACCAGAAUCAAGCCUACUUGCUGGCUCAUCACAUCAACAAGGAGCGUAUUCUUUGUCGCCGGGACUUUCCUCUGGCCAUUCCUGGCUGCACAGCAAAGACCAUCGGGACUGGGGCCUUUUCUGUGGGUCAGAUUCGAGCUGGCUGUCCACCCAAGCAAGUCAUCCUUAGCAAGACUGUUCCCUUUAAAGUUAGCCCCAGUCAAGAUUCAGCAAUACUCAGUGUUUUGGCAGAUCAGGGGGGUAAUCCAAGCAUGACUCAGACUGAGCAAAAAGCAGAGCUGAAAGCUAUUUCUGAGUCAGACAACGCAUCCGCACCUGAGCACCCUUCCAAACCGACCGAGGAAGUUAAAGUGCGUGAUAGUCUGCAGACGACUCAGGUCAGUGUCGAACAAAAGUUACCCAGUUCUCAUAGAGAAACGAUAAGUGAAUAUCCCCCCAAUGGUACAAAAGAAAAAACAGAAGCAUCUUUUGACAAAGACCCCAUAAGCAAAGCCUUACCGAUCAUCUUGCCUGUGAACAGAACUGCCUCUGCCAAGAUUUCUCCCACUAAUAUGUGCCAAGAUGCCAAGACUGCCUCCAGUGAGACCAUGAAGCCUUCAAGCUCUACAGAACUCCUGCCAGUUGAUGAUCUUUUUUGCACGUGUCCAGUGAAACAAGAGUCUGCACCUCAAACAAGGCUAAAGGACCCACACGUUCAGAAGAUAGUGGUGUUUCAGUCCUCCUCCCCAACCGAUGAUGAACGUCUUCAAGCAAAAGGACUCCGACUGGCCAACAGGGAAAAUGCUGCAAGGGGAGGCACUGAUUCUAGCAUAGCAAAACCAAGCCCACAAAUGCAAACCAAGUUCCCCCCUCAUUUACCUGUAAAAGCAGAAAGAAAAGAAGCAGAUGAAAGCAAAACUGAAGCUGCCCAGGGGAAACCCAACCAGGAGCUGCAGAAAUGCCCUAUAAAAUCCUUGCCUAUUUUAGAAGAUCUAAUAACCCCAAACCCUACUGUAGAUAAAGUCUCCACUCUCCCAACUAGAGACUCAAAAAAGCACAGCAGUGUUAAAGGGAAGUCACAGCGCAGUGCCCCUUUCUUAAGCUUUAGGAAUCUUAUUUCUGCAACAUUUCCAGCAAGAAUGCGAAGAGAGACGGAUGAACGAAGGGCCCAGCUGCAGAAGGUUCGUCAGUACGAGUUAGAGUUCUUAGAAGAGCUGCUAAAGCCCAAAUCCUCACAAGGAGAAUUUUUACCACAAGGGUCCUCUCCUGUUCCCUCUGGCACCCCUUGUGCCUGCCAGCUGCGCACCAGUCCAGUCCUCAAGGCUCCGGGGAUCUCAAGGGAGCAGCGACGCAGUUGCGACUGUAAGCGAAUGUGCAGGGGGAUGCGACUACCUGACACACCAGUAGGCACCACAACAGAGGCACAAAACAGAGGCAGGGAGAGAACCGUCUCAAAGACUCCUCCGGCGGUUUCUAAAACCUCCCAUGCCCAAGGCGCCACAGGGAGGUCUCAGACUUUAGAGAUCAAGACCACAAGAAUACGGUCAACAAGUCUUGAGUCAAGAGAGCCAAGGGGAGAUCAGGGUUCCUGCUUGUCCACCAGCACUUCUCAAACUGAUUGCAAGGGAGCACCACAAAACAAGAAGCUCCAGAGAAGAUACAGCAUUGGAGAGCUGGAAAACAGCACUAGCACACCAGUGUACGCUGAGGUGAAGCCAAAAGGCAAAAGUCUGGAGAAAGAGAUGGAGAGAGUGAGGGCCACAGGGAUGAGGCUCCCCACUCCAGUAGAGCCAGUCCACGCUCAGUCUCACCAGGUGGAAGGGAAAGGGAAAAAGACAGUGUUUUUCAUUCAGGGAGAAGAGCUGCUGUGUGAAGGCAAAGAAGGCAAAGUAGGGACUGGAGAGGUGCUGCUGACACUGCCUAGUGAAGACAGUGAUGACAAAGACAAAUGCUGCUCAUUCUGUUUCUGCUACAGAAAGUGUGAGGCAGCAGAUGAAAGCAGUGAGAAAGAUGAACUCUCUUAUUCAAUACCGCUUCAAGUCCUCCCAGGCAUGGAUGUGGAUUCACGCACCUUUCCUGUUGUGAGCAAAACUCUCCAGGUUCUCAAUGCUGAGGAUUGCAGCGGGGAAGAGGAGGAGAUUGAAGAGGAAGAACCCCAGACACAGGACAUUGACCUGCGAUCCUGUGGAACGCUCGAAGGAAGCCUCGCACGGGUGAAGGCCCUGCAGGGAAAAACUUUCAGCUUGCCGGAUGGUUUCCUAAAUGCCCAGCUUGAUGCCAAUGAGUUGCUAGCUAUCCUACGACAGUGCGCCAGCAGCCCACAAGCAGAGGGCGAGGCUCGUCUUCAGUCUUCACGGAUCGCAGAGUACAAACAGGAGUUGGCGGUGCGCUUCAAAGAAUUCCGAGCCUCGUGCCGGAGAGUGGCAAGUGUGGAAAAAAGCCCCACUCGAAUGCUUGCCGCGGUCUCAGCUAGCUUUCAGGUGCUGUGUGAACUGACUCAGACCUUCAUCAAAUUGGUUCGAGGGGUUCGUUCAGAAGCCCAAAGGCUCCAGCUGCUAAGGAAAGUCGAAGAGGUAGCUAUAAAUUACACGUUGCUUCUGCGGGCCGCAGAGGAGUCCAUGGGACACUCGAGCAGCUUGCCGACAAAGACAAUGAGCCCUGAAGUUUCCUCUAACAUCAACAACAUGAGCUCACUCACACGGCCCAUCAAAACUUUACCUGCCCAGUAAAAAAUCAAUCCGGGAGGAUCGUAAUCAGAACAGUCCAGAAACGCAGAUGGCUAUUUUAUCCAAAUUCAUGAUUUAUUUAUUGUUUACAAUUUUUACGAAAUGUUCAACGAAUCAUCCUCGGAAAAAACUGCAAUGCAACUGUUUCAUCCCAUGUUUACAGGCCCUGAGGUAGCCUUUGAUGAAUAAAGAUACAUCUAACUAAUGCACAAAAGAGUAAGAACCCUAUAACAAACUGGGUGAUACAGGGCUAAUCAUUUCAUAUCAAUAUUUAACACACACAUGAGUUCAUAUAGUAAAGUAUUUUACAAGUAAUGUAUAUUUGAGUUGUGUAUACUUAGCAAAUAAUAUAAAGUUUUGUGAAGAAAACAAGUGAAGAGUAUAUUUCAAAUGUAUUAAGACAACUAUAAAAUCACAAUACAACAGAAAUAAAUGUAUGCUGUGGGCAGAAAUGUUCCAGUAGCGACUUCUAUAGACCGCAUAGUCCAAAGGGUUCAGUUGGUUAGAUGGUGAUGUGUUUGUUUGUGGAAUUUGCUAAUUGUUGUGACCCAAAAUUGAUCUCCUCCGGUCGAGUUAAACAGCCUCUGACGUAUAUAUACAUUAGCUGAGAAGUCAAAGACAAAUUUUGAAGAAGAAAACCACUGCAGGACAAGUGUGAUGGGGGGUUUUGCUGACUGGCAAAUGCCCAUUCCUACUAAAAGUACAGAUGCAAAACACACCUGCUCAGUACAGACAAUGUAGCAGAAACCCAAAUGAUAGUCUUAUCCACAAUAAGGCACUGAGUUUAGUUACCUCAGUCAGCUUUAGAGAAGGAAAAUCCACUAUGUAAUCAAUGCCACAAAAAAUGUAUUUCACCAAACCUCUAAUCUAUAGUUUACCUGCAUCUAACUUGUUGUAAAUCAUAUUUUUUAAUGUUGAUAAAAGUGAACAAGUUUGUAACUAAGAUUUUGCACAACCUCUGAAGUAGUUCUGGAGUUAAAAAGUAUCUUUUUUAUUUAAAGUUUAAGUCUGUACUUUGUUUUUCUUUUUCUGAAAACCUCACUUGAAUAGACAUUAUUAGUCUUUUAAACAUUUUCUCCUCAGAGUCUUGAUUCAUUUGAAAAGAAAAGGGAAAAAAUCAUUUGGGUUAUCUGAAACUUAAGCAAAUUUGCUUUCUAUGUGCUGUUACACAUUGUGCAAUUUAGCAAAUAUUUAAGACACACAUAAAGUAGUUUUUUAUGUAUUUUAAUAAAACUAACACAUCAAUCUUCUAUGAGUCUCAAACCUUUUGUUAUUCCUGAAAAUGAUUCUUCUUGCUGUGCCAGCCUAUUGUGUAUACUCUAUGAAAAGCAGCUGUUGUGAAACCAAAUUAGCUGUUACAACUUUGUUGGACUUGUACCAAACAGCUGACAUGCAGCAUUGUUUCUAGGUCUGUAAAUAACUUGCAAUUCUUCAGAAAUCAAUCCAAUUAUACAAAGAGACUAUCGGUCCAAAUAAAACAACAAGUGAAAUCUAGCAGAUUUGUAACACUUUAAGCUUAGUUGCUCUUUUGACUUGGUUUCAGAACAAAUGCAAAGUGUUGCAGGCCCUUCCUUUUAGCUGUGUUAACAUGCAUCUCCAUAAUCAUCAUGUGGUGUGUGUUCCCCCUCUCUUACACUGUGCUGCAUGCUUUCCUUUUCCACUCACAGGGACAGGAACAUUGCAGGUGAUGAUACAUGACGGGUUUUUAGACACAGACGACCAACAGAAAAAUGGCAAUAUGUUCAUGUUUUGCGAAUGGUUUAAGUACGGAAAUGUAAAUUUUACAAUGCAGAUGUAAAUAGAAAUACGAAAGAUUUAGAACAAUGUAGACACUCUUUUAAAAUAAUAAUUACAUUUGGAUUAAUCCAGAACAUAAACUAUUUUGUAAAUAGAAGAGACUGAAACAUAUCUGUGAGGUACAUUAUUUAUAGUAGUUAUGUAACAUAGAAACUAAUAGAAAAAUGUAUAUUUUGAAGACUACAAUAUGAGUACAAGGCAUGGGACAUGUUUAUUUUUAUAUAUAAAUCAGCAAACAGCUUCUUCUCAUCAGCUUUUGGACCUGCAUCCCUAUGAACCCUUUCCGUGGUUGUCAUUGUUUCUGUUGCUUCGCCAAACUGUGUAGAUUAGUCUGUGUUCCAUUUCCACCAUCAAACUCCCCUGCAGUUUGCAGCAUUGUUUCUUUGUGUUCACCUCUUCAUGCUUGUGUUUAUUUACUGUCAAUGAUCUUGUCCUCACUGUGGUCUUCUGUCUGUGUACAAAGUUAACUCUUGUUUUGAGAGCAAUAAAGUCUAUUAUACCAACUUA